ACAACUGCUUCUCCAACCACAACCACAGCUGUUCCAACCACUACCACAGCUGCUCCCACUACAACCACAGCUGCUCCCACAACAACCACAGCUGCUCCAACCACAACCACGGCUGCUCCCACA